AUGCACCAAGAAACUCUGCAUUAUUAUCAGUUGUGGAAACUUGCUGUCCAAGAAAGAGACGAAGCAAGAGAACAACUGAUUCACUCACUUGCCGAAGCCUCUCAGUUACGGCAACUCUUCAACACCAUACUGUGGUAGUAAGAGCAAAUACCUUGUCAUCAGCCAAAAGCAACAGAUGAAACUACUCAAAACUGUAACUACAAUCACUUCCCCGUAGAUUCUCCGUCGCGGUUCUCGUCUGCAUCGCCGCUGGAUCACGUCUCGAGUGUCACUUCAUCGCCGUUGGAUCUCAGCUUCCGGUCGAGUCAGAUGCAUGUUGUUGUCGAGAAGACGAGAGAUUACGAGACCGUUGUGCUGGAGAUGAUCGGUGGAGUGUUGCCGGAAAACGGUCAGUUUUUGAAGGCUGUUAGUGAAGCUGGAUCGUUGGUUGAGUCAUUGUUCAUAACCGGUCCGGUUCCGAAAUGGAAAAAUUAUCCGGUUCAGUUGGCCAGUCAAAUACCGGUUCUAAGUAAUAGUAACACUGGGAAUUGGAAUUAUGGUGGUUUGGAGUUUGGUUCGGGGGUCCAAGACCGGUCUUCUUCAGGCAAAAUGUUACAUUUUGGUUUAAUGUCUUAA